AGCACAUUUUUUCCAACAGCAAAACACGUGUUCUCACUGAAGUGAAAGCAGAGCAGCUGAUGGAAUAAACAAUUCAGUUUGUUCUUGGAUAUAUUACUAAAGCGAUAGACUAUAAUUUUGUACAAAGGAAUCCCUAAAAAUGUCGUCACCAGUGUGUAGUUGUGCUGAACAUGUCACAAAACUGACACAGCAAGCGUCAAUAAUGAGAAGAGAGAUUAAAAAUCUCAGACAGCAGAUGGAUGGAUCCAUACGAGCACAUAGGAAGCAGAUGUCAACUCUUCAGUCCAUAUUGACAGGCUACCGGAAACACGAUGACAGAUCUCAACCAAAGAACAAAAGCCCAUCUCAGAACCCCAGUGGAAUGAAUCAGUUAUUAGAGCAAGGGCGAAUUCAGACGGUACCGAUCGGAUAUAUUAGUUCAUGUUUUGCAGUGAAAAAUGGAACUCCACGACAGCCUACUGUAUGCAGUUCUUCACGGGCCAGAUUGAAGAUUGAGCCAUCAGUCUUCAAUAAUCCUGAACAUUCCUUAGUUGGACUGGAACAAUACUCGCAUAUCUGGAUAAUUUUCCUCUUCCAUAAGAAUGGGCAAAUGAGCUGCAAAGCCAAAGUUAAGCCGCCUCGUCUGAAUGGUGAAAAGGUGGGGGUGUACUCAACCCGUAGCCCCCACAGGCCCAACGCUUUGGGACUGACAUUGGCUAAGCUUGAAGGAAUUACAGGGGAUACACUUCACUUAUCAGGGGUUGAUGUUAUUGCUGGAACUCCCGUCCUGGACAUCAAGCCAUAUAUUCCAGACUAUGAUUCUCCUAAGACAAGGAUAGAGGAUAUCAGUGAAUAUAGACAAACACCAUCAUACACUGACCCUCAGAUGACACAAUUGAGGGAUCUAGAUGAAGAAUUAGACACCUCAGAGAUGUCAUCUGAACUUUCCUCAGAGGUCAGAGUUUGUCCAGGUUCUACUUCAGAUUUCUCUCAGUCAGAGCAGCCUGGAUCCAGCGGUGAAACUGAUGUGCUAGCAGAGGUUAAAAACUAUCUCAAACAACAGCAUGUUUUCGCUGAAUAUCCAACCGAGGACAAAAACACAGAUACUUCAGAAGGGACUUCAGACAAUACAAUGUUUUUAACUUCAUCUAGUCUUAAAUUUGGAUGUGACGACUACAGUGCAAUCGCUGCUUGGGUCAGAUCACCUCCUAUCAGCAAACUUGAUGUGCGAUUUACUGUGAAUGCUGAGAAAGAGCUCAAAGAGUUUGUUCCCAGCGACAGUACUGAUGGCACAAGACCAAGGUUCCAGUUCUUAAAAGGAACAGAUGAAGCAGUGGCAGCCAUCAUUGGCAUUUUGUCAGCUGACCCCAGAUCAGUGUAUCGUCGCACACGUUGUCAAGACCGCCUGUUUUUCUUCACCUUAGACACAGCAGACAUCACCUGCUGGUUUGGAGAUGGUUUUGCUGAAGUUGUUAGAGUCAAACCAGUGCAGAGCUCAGAACCCACAAACGCUGUGUGAGGUUUGUUCAAUUCUUGAUUAAAAUGAGCAAAAAAGUAUAUGAUUUACUCACGCGUUUACUUACGCCAUUUCAAACCUAUGACUUUCAUUUGUUAAUAAAAAAAUGAACA